ACAAGAUGGCUGCUGGUCUAGAAGGAAGCUGCUUUUGUCCGUUUUAAUUUGUUUUGCUAAUUUUGCUUACUAAAUCUGCCUUCAGAACGUUUCUUGGCUAGCAACUUAGAACAAACAUAGACCAAUACUCAACUGGGAAGUGUUUGUAGGUACCAAACUUAGCAUAACUACGGCAAAUGUCCUUCGUGAAAAUUCCAGAUAACUAAAUUGUUGUUCCUCGGUUCGUUCGUCGCUGUUGAAAGUAUGUAAAUGACGUCUGUAGACAAUUCAGUGUGGCCUGUCUUAAUUAAAUUGUAGCUGUACAAAUUAGCUAAGUUUGUUGGAAGUCGACGCGAUUGUAUUACGUUGUUGUAACUAAAUCAGCUAGCUAACUUGACUUCAAAAUCCUUCCCGAUUGAAAUUUUAUACAAACCUAGAGUCCAAUGGUUAUAUCCUCUAGGGUGUAAUGUUUUUUCAUGGUUUAAGAAAUCAUUUUCUUUAGCGUGGUGUGGCAGAUCUGAAUAGCUGCGAAUGAUUUGCUCCGCCUUUUGAGCGUAAUAAUGAGCUCCAGUCGAGUUAGAUCACAGCAGCAGACCCAGGCAGGAAAGUUCGCCACAUGCGCUACGCACAGGCUGGAUUCAAGCGAAGGUAUUGAGAUGGAGAGAAUCCAUCACCAGGAUUUAGGGCUGGGGGCCUCGAUGAUUACGCCCUCUCCGCCUUCAUCCAGUUCGAGGCAAGCGUGGAGCCGGGAUAAUCCUGGGUUCGAGCCUGAAGAAGAGAUGCUUGAGGCGGACUGGCCUCCGGCUAGUCCGGGUAGGCGAUCGGUGUCCACCGCCUCCAGCAGCAGCGGCAGCAGCGGCCUGGGGAGCUACAGCAGAGGCGGUAGCAGCACACGGAUGCACAGGGGGAUUUAUCCCAACCCGGCUGCGGAUGUACUUCAACAAAACCAACGUGAUCACCGCGACUGUGGGAAAAGAAUACUUGAGAAAAUAAGAAUUCUGUGGGGCACUCGCUUGAUGGAGGACAGUGACAGCAGCAGAGAGCGAUACUUGAAGAAUGUCCUUCGGGAGUUAUUAACCUACAUCCUGUUCCUAAUCACCAUUUGCAUCUUGACCUACGGUACGGUGAGCGCCAACAUGUAUUAUUACACCAAAGUCAUGUCCCAGCUGUUCUUGGACACACCGCUGUCAGGUGGAGAUAAGACCACUUUCAAAAGCCUCACUACCAUGGAUGAGUUCUGGAAGUUUACAGACAAGCCAUUGCUUGAUGGGCUCUACUGGGAGGUGUGGUACAACAACAAAACCUUGCCAGAGAACCAAAGCUUAAUCUACUACGAGAACCUUCUCCUGGGGGUCCCACGCAUGCGACAGGUGAAGGUGCAUAGUAAGUCCUGUUCCAUUCACCAAGACCUGAGCGACGACGUCUCCGAGUGUUACAGUGCGUACUCUGUCAGCAGUGAGGAUACAUCCACCUUCGGCCUGAAGAAUGGGACCGCGUGGGUGUACACCGAGGACAGUGACCUGAAUGGGACCAGUCACUGGGGCCGUGUGGCCAUGUACGGUGGGGGAGGGUACUACUUGGACCUCUCCCGUUCCCGGGACGAAACAGCUGCACAACUCCAUGCCCUGAAGGACAACCUGUGGCUUGACCGGGGCACCAGAGCCGUGUUCAUCGAUUUCUCUGUCUACAAUGGCAAUGUCAACCUCUUCUGCGUGGUCAGGUUGGUCGCUGAGUUCCUGGCCACAGGGGGUGUGAUGACAUCCUGGCAGUUCCAGACAGUUAGACUGGUCCGCUACGCAAGUUGCUGGGACUACUUUUUGGCAGCGUGUGAGGUCACCUUCUGCCUCUUUGUCCUCUACUAUGUGGUGGAGGAGGCCUUGGAGAUCCGCAUCCACAGGCUGCAUUACUUCAGGAGCUUGUGGAACUGUCUGGAUGUGCUGAUUGUCAUGUUGAGCAUCGUUGCCAUCGUUCUCAAUAUUUACAGAACAUCAGUUGUCACCAGGAAGCUCGAGUACCUGCUGGAGCAUCUAGAUACGUACCCCAAUUUUGAGCACCUCUCCUACCUGCAAGUUCAGUUCAACAAUUUAUCUGCGGUAAUUGUCUUCUUUGUCUGGGUGAAGUUGUUCAAGUUCAUUAACUUUAACAAGACGAUGAGCCAGUUGUCCAGCACCAUGUCACGCUGUGCAAAGGAGAUCACCGGUUUUGCCAUCAUGUUUUUCAUCAUAUUUUUUGCCUAUGCUCAGCUGGCUUACCUUGUGUUUGGGACACAGGUGGACGAUUUCAGCACUUUCCAGGCAUGCAUUUUCACACAAUUCCGGAUCAUUUUGGGUGAUAUUGACUUCUCUGAAAUUGAAGAAGCAAACAGGAUUUUGGGCUCCGUCUACUUCACCACCUUUGUUUUCUUCAUUUUCUUCAUUUUACUGAAUAUGUUUUUGGCCAUUAUAAAUGAUACCUAUUCUGAAGUGAAAGCUGACAUGGCACAACAGAAGUCUGAAAUGGAGCUGACUGAUCUCAUUAAGAAGGGCUGUAACAAGGCCAUGGUCAGACUAAGACUGAGGAAGAGCACAGUGGAUGACAUCUCAGACAGUCUGCGUCAGGCUGGAGGCAAGCUCAACUUCGAGGAGCUGAGACAGGACCUGAAAGGGAAGGGGCACACUGAUGCUGAAAUUGAAGCCAUCUUUGCUAAGUAUGAUCAUGAUGGAGACCAAGAGCUAACUGAACACGAGCACCAGCUAAUGAGGGAUGACCUGGAGAAGGAGAGGGAGGAUCUAGAUCUGGAGCGCAGCACUCUGCCCCGGCCGGUCAGUGGGCGGAGCUUUCCCCGUAGUCAGGAUGACUCCGAGGAGGAUGAUGACGAGGACAGUGGCCACAGCUCACGUCGCCGUGGUAGCAGCUCAGGGGGCGUGUCCUAUGAGGAAUUCCAAGUUUUGGUGCGGCGUGUGGAUCGGAUGGAGCACUCCAUUGGUAGCAUUGUGUCCAAAAUGGACGCUGUGAUUGUGAAGUUGGAAGCCAUGGAGCGAGCAAAGUUGAAGAGGAAAGAUGUGCUGGGCAGGCUGCUGGAUGGGGUGAUAGAAGACGAGCGGACGGGCCGUGACAAUGACCUUCACCGCGAGCAGAUGGAGCGCCUGGUUAGGGAGGAGCUGGAGCGCUGGGAGUCGGAUGAUGCUGUGUCGCAGGUCAGCCACCACCUAGGUGCACAGCAGCCACGCCCUCGUAGCUCCCGCCCCUCUUCCUCCCAGUCCACUGAGGGCGGGGACACGGGGGGCAGCAUGGGAGGUCACCUCUGAAGCUCCUCCACUGGUGCAAUGGGAAUAAAAUAACAGCUCCACCUACCGAUCUACACACAUGACUUACCAUCUCUAGAUUUUUCAUGAUUUUGACAACUGAUUUGGUGAAAUUAAAUUUAUAUUUCCUGUGAUAUGGGUUAAACUGCAACAUAAUAAAAUAUGAACAUGCCCAGGUGAUGAAAUGAAAUAUCUCAACAAUGUAGUACAUGUGUGUACCUUAACAAAAUCAUGCACUUAGGGAGCUUAUAAAACCAGAACAAAACUAUAAAAUAUCCACCCCUCUCAGAAAUGUCAAAAAUGAAUGCUGCACUUCGAGAGCAAGAAUGCUGUUAUGUUUUAAGCUUAUGCAGUAUAUAUUAGUAAUGCUUUUCUCCUCUAAUAAUAGAGAAUGAGUUUUCCUUGUAUUACUUGCAAAAAAAAAAUGUAUAGUAUCUGUAAUCUUAAACCAACAGAAAAUAGUGGAAGAUUUGCUACGCUGAGACCACCAACGUUGCCAACCAGAACAAAACAUCUCCAGAUUGUGUUUCGGAAGUUGCUUUUCAAGGGUAGAGGUUGCCUGGGAGAGGACACAUGGUUUCCCCAAGGGAAAUGUGUCUGUUUUUGCAUGCUUUAUUUUUUUGGCAUGCCUUUGGUGCCAAAAUUGAAAAUUCUAUUAAAAAAACUUUCCCAGAUCAAUGUGACCGAUAAUGGAUUUUUCAUUUCUUAAAAAAGAACAGUAAUUCUAAUAUUGACCAUUCCAAGGCAGCAGUUGGUGUAUUGACCAAUACUGACAAAUCCAAGACAGUGGUUGGUAUAUUGAUGAAUAUUGACUGCUCGAUUUCUGGAGUGAUCAUGCAUUAUGAAGGGAUCUGUGAUAGGGCAGAAUAACCUCACUGUAUUCAGCUCUACUAGGCGCUAUUACUCCCUCUUCUGAUGACUUGCAAUACUCAGCUUUCUCUGUUUAAUAUAAGUACACUUUUGGCACGUUGUGAUAUUUACUAUAUAAUUCUGUAAUAUUUCACAAAUAUGCUAUAGGCCUAUGAUACACAUUACUUAUAACAAACUUCAGUUUGGAGUGCAUCUAGUUUCAUGGGAAGCCCUUGGAUAAUUGACUGUAUG